GGAGAGGCGGCACCCCCCCCCCCAAACCAGCCCAGAAAGUCGUGGGAGCGGCGGCGCCAUGGUGGAUUACAGCGUCUGGGAUCACAUCGAGGUGUCCGACGACGAAGACGAGACCCCCAACAUCGACACUCCGAGUCUUUUCCGAUGGCGGCACCAAGCCCGAGUUGAACGGAUGGAACAGUUCCACAAGGAGAAAGAGGAAAUAGACAAAGGGUCCCGGGAUUGCAAACGCAAAUUAUCUGAGUGCCAGAAGAAAAUAAAAGAACUUGCCUUGACUAAUACAGCGAGUAGCAAAAAUGAGCUGCAGAAGUUGCAGGCUGAGGCACAGCAACUCAAGAAAGAAGAAAAGAGCUGGAGAAUAAAGGUAGAAGAACUCAAGAAGAAGGAAAAGAACAUGCCCUGGAAUGUUGACACGCUUAGCAAAGAUGGUUUCAGCAAGAGUGUCUUCAACGUCAAAGCUGCAGAUGAGGAAUCUGAAGAACAGAAAGAGAAGAAGCACAAAACAUUUGUAGAAAAAUAUGAGAAACUCAAGCACUUCGGAAUGUUGCGGCACUGGGAUGAUAGUCAGAAAUACCUAUCUGAUAAUCCACAUCUUGUUUGUGAAGAGACAGCCAAUUAUUUAGUCAUCUGGUGUAUUGAUCUGGAAGUAGAAGAGAAACAUGCCCUGAUGCAACAGGUAGCCCAUCAGACCAUAGUGAUGCAGUUCAUUCUGGAGCUGUCUAAGAGCCUGAAGGUUGACCCUAGAGCUUGUUUCAGACAAUUUUUUUGCUAAAAUCAAGGUGAGUUUUAUGAAGCUGAACAGCAGUAUAUGGGUUUUAAUGAUGAACUGGAAUCCUUCAAGGUCCGAGUGCAGGAGCGGGCUAAGGCCCGCAUUGACAGAGCUAUGAAAGAAGAUGAGACGAAGAGCGGCAAGCAACGGCUUGGGCCAGGGGGCCUUGAUCCCGUAGACGUGUAUGACUCUCUCCCACAAGAACUUCAGAAAUGUUUUGAUGUGAAAGAUGUGCAGAUGCUUCAGGUCAUCAGCAAAAUGGAUCCGACUGAAGCAAAAUACCACAUGCAGCGAUGUAUUGAUUCUGGCCUGUGGGUACCAAUGCCAAUCAGCAGAAGGAGCCGAAAAGGGUGAUAAGUUGGAGGUGCCUAUGAGGAAGUUAAGAAGGAGAGCCCUGAGGAAGAAAAGGAAUCCCUAAAGCCUUGGCCGCGUGUCUGUAAAGCAGAUCUCCCCAUUAUCUUCUGCCCAUCCUUUCACACCAGUCUGUUCAAUGAUGAUGUACUCUACACAUUUAGACACUUUAUGAAAUUGUAUGAGCUGCUUCUUGACUGGCUUCGCUUGCUCGCCCUGUGAACACAGUUCCCAACUUGUACAGCUUUGUUAUCUUAUUGGAAGCCAGGAUUCAGGGGAGUCCCAUGCACCAUAACGCAUGUUCAGAGUGGCUUGGCGUAGCAGUUCCACCUUCUCUCUGUUGCUGUGAUGACACGAAGUCAGUGUCCUAGUUACAAAUGUGCUAUUAAUAUCUUAUCUUUUUGUUUGACCACAGUGAAAGCUAUUGAGCAAAUAAAAAGGUUGAAAUAGCUGAGAUUGA